GCGACGGAAGCGGAGAGCGACAGGGUCCCGAUUUAAUUGGUGCCAUGCAGCAAGAAGCAGAGAGAUGUAGAGUUCGAACCAAAAGGCCUGACAUGGCACUUUAUGUACCUAAAGCUCGAAGGGGUACAACUCUCCUCAAGUCAGGUGACCAGGAGGAAAGCCAUGGGCCUCCUGCCUUUGUGCCAAAAGAACAAAAAGAAGGCUGUGUGCCCCAGAAGAUCUCUGCAAGUAAACUCGAGUCCCAAAGACUAAGUGCAGGUCAUUCUGAUAGAAAGGAUAUUGACUGUAGGGAAGAAAAGAGAUCUUCAUCAAAAUUAAGGAAAGACAGGUGUUUACAAAAAAGGAAUAAAGAGAAGGCUUGUUCAAAGAGAGGAAGUGAAGAAUCCAUAGAAGCCUCAUCCCAAGAACAUCAACACAGAGCUCUCGAUGCUGGGAUUGUAUCUAGUGUUCCUUUACGAAGACUUUCUAAACCAAAGGAGAUGGAGUGUUUGGAAGUUCAGACUGCAAGAGUAACAGGACACUGGGGGUCAUCUCCAUCGCAGUCUUCUUCAGAAGUCAGUGCUGCUCAGGUUCCAAACAGACCAUUCCAGAAUGUGGAACUCUGUGACUUCAGUGGGGAAACUUUUGUAAAUAGAGAUUUGGAAAGCAGCAUUGUAAGUGAGGCCAACAUUAUGGAGCUAGUCUCCCAAUUUCCUCAAGUCGUUAGCACUGUGCUGAAACCAGACGGUAUGGCUAUGCCAGUAACACUAAGUUCUGAUUCUGAAACUGCACCAGACAGUAUGGAAACAUCAGGUGGAGUGUCAAAGCACAGUCCUGGGAACAUCUCUGUAGUUUCUGUUCCUGGAGGUCCAGACUAUGAUGUUGAUUCAACUUUUGUAGACUUUGAAGCUGAGAGUGAGGGUACAGUCAACAGUACAGAGUCUGUCUUGGGUCAAAAAGGUGUAGACUCCAUGCCUGAGAAUAUGGGUAACGUUUCUCUUAAAAUGGUGAUAGUCAGCAAAUUAGAGAGCACAAAUGGCAUUAUUGAUCCAGCAGUGACUAGAGAGUGUGAGAGUGACAGCUCUGUUGAUGAGUUAUGUGUAAAGUCUCAACCUUCUGAUACAGCGGUCCUUGUUCAUGAAAUAGACACAGAUAAUGGAUUUAGGAAUGUAUGUGACAGUACCAGCAAGGCAUGUGUGGUGGACAUUGCAGGUACAGUUUGUGACCCUGUAACUGUAGGCUGCCCUUGUACAGUUGCAGUUGUACAAUCUGGUGAGAGUAGUGGCAACACGAGAAAUUUCUCAGAUUAUAUAGAAAUCAGUGCAGAUGUAGCCCCGCAUGAUACAGCUAAGAGUGAGAACAACUCUGAAAACCUCAGCAGCCUGAGUGCUAGCUCGGAUAUUUAUGCUGAGAGUAUUGCAUCUGGUUUUACAGAGUCAACAGGAAAGUUGAUAGAAAGUGUGUCAGAUUGUGCUUCCUCGUUACCCAUAAAGAAGACUGCUGAUAGUAAUUUUACCACUUGUCUGGACUCUGAACUGAGUAUGUCAAAUGCAUCAGGCGUACUUUUGGAGAGUGCCUUGGGUGGUGAUCUAGAUACUACGGAGGAGAUGACAGAGGCCUUAUGUGACCUAAGAACUGCUGAAGAGUUUAAAACAAAAGAGGAAGAUGACUCAGAGAGCAUAGUGUGUGGCGUAUCAUUUUCUGAUUCAUCUGUGGAAACAUCUGUAGAUCUAAAAACAACAGACACUUCUCACAUACAAGGAAGUAUUGCUGUGGAGGAAAGCUGGGAAUCUAUGUUUAAUGAUGAUGGUGAUUGUGUAGAUCCGCGUCUUCUACAAGAGUUAUCCGGGAAUAUGAAGAACAGAAAAAGCAUCCAGGAGCCUAGAUUUGAUUAUUACAGCCAUGAACUUCCUGAUAUUGACCUCAGUGAAUGUGAAUUCCCACAUGUCAUUGAAAUUUAUGAUUUUCCUCAAGAAUUUCGUACAGAAGACCUUUUGCGGAUUUUCUGCAGUUACCAAAAGAAAGGAUUUGAUAUUAAAUGGGUAGAUGAUACACAUGCCUUAGGAGUUUUCUCCAGUCCAAUCACAGCCCGAGAUGCCCUGGGUAUUAAACAUACCAUGGUGAAGAUCCGGCCCUUGUCACAGGCCACCAGAGCGGCCAAGGCCAAAGCUAGAGCUUGUGCUGAGUUUCUCCAGCCAGCAAAGGAACGACCUGAGACUUCAGCAGCCUUAGCCAGAAGGCUCGUCAUCAGUGCCCUUGGGGUUCGAAGCAAACAGAGCAAAACUGAACGGGAAGCAGAGCUCAGGAAACUGCAAGAAGCCCGAGAGAGAAAACGGUUGGAAGCCAAGCAACGGGAAGACAUCUGGGAAGGCAGAGACCAAUCUGUGGUUUGAACGUCACUUAUUCAAAGGAAUGAAUCCAUGAAUUAGGAAGUGUUUGAUAUUCUUGAGACAAGAGGAUCUUUCCAGAGCUGUGCACAUGCAGAUGAGCAUGUUAAAGAAAACAUGAACAAGACAGAAGACUUAGAGAACGAGGAGUCUGGUCCUCACUCAUGAAUUCAGACCUGUCCACUCUGGUAGAGAUGUUAAAAGGAACUAUCAUGUAGGAAGGAAAAUGGAAGACGUGGCUUCUAAGAGUCUUUAGUAGAGCAGGUCAUGUUAGUGUGGGUCACACCUCCAGGAAGUCUGAAGCAAAUAUAAAACAAAACAGAGGAUUCACACCUGCAGUGACAGGAAUCUGAGGUCCAUGGCAGGGUGUUCCUUAGUACUUCAGAGUUAAAGCUGUAUGAUGAGGGACAGCAGCAAGGGGGAGUGGAAGCAGCUCACAGACAUGAGUUCCUGGUGCACUCAGUGCGUACAGAGGCUACACUGCCUGCCCUAGAACUCCAAAGCCACUGAACCACAGCACAACAUGGGUAUUUGGACUCCUGAGUUUGUACUAAGCUUGGUGCUUGGUACUGCUCCAGCUGCACAGAAGCCAGGGGUCUGCUACCUUCCUUACAAAAACCAGUCAUAGGGAGCUGAGUGCCAGCUCCAUUUUAAUCAGUAAUACGUUGUAAGAGGGAGAAAUUAAAGGCUAUUUUAUAACGUAAGUCAUUAUGGUGUUUAUAAAUCUUGUCCCCCAACCCAAAAACCAACAGCAUCGGAAGAAGAAAAAAGAAACACCUGUAGAUGAGUUCUCUAGUCCUCAUGAUGAUGUGCCUGUUUAAACAGGUGCUAACUUUUAUCAGCCCAUUGAGUAUAGUCCCUAAAUGACCAUCAUGGCAGUUCUGUGUGGCAGCUUUUCUUGCUUUCAUCUUCUCAUGCAUUUUCCCUCCAAACUCUUGCAUUUUUCCAUAGCUGUCAAAUCUGACACCCUACAGGAAACAUCUGGCACACAGUAUGUUCUUGGUACAAUCUUAGCCUGUGCCAAAGGGACUUGAUAAGCAGCACCAGACCAUCCAGCACAGUGGUGACCGCCUCUAGGCAGUGAACAGUUUCCAAAGGACAUGGGCAGGUUAGAGCCUCCAACCCAGGCCUUUUCUGCCUCACAUCUGCCUUCUUGGUGGUUUUGGAAAGUAGUUCUGUGCUGAAGGAGCGGUAGUGCUAGUUUUUAAGGUGCUGAAGUGGCAGGAACUGCUGUCACAUUGUGUUUUCAACUAGGGCAGAAGCUUCUUUUUAUACCCAUGACAAUGAUGGAUUAUUAGCUUUGUCUAGAGCAUAGUAGAAUGAGGCUCUUCAAAUAUCCCUCGAUGACCUGGCCUUGGAUCUGAGUCCUGACCUGUCCCUGUUGCUAGUCCCAUCUGGAGCUCUGUCACAGUUCUUCAACAUUGUUUCUUCAUUCCAGUUUGCUUUUCCAGAGGCCCUGUACAGUGCCACCAUUCCAUAUGUGGGGAAAUACAUUGUUUUCUUGAUCCUCUGUUUCCGCUUAUCUCUUUGGCUUCCAGUUGAAGGGCCUGUGCUCUGUUUUUACAGAACAGACUAAUAUUGAUAGGUCUGUUUGAGCAGUGGGUACAUUGAAAGAAAAUACCAAGGAUUCCAGUAUUGGCUUUUAUUAUUUUUUAAUGUUAUAUUAUUUAUUAAUAUAAUAUAAAUAUAGUAUUUAUUUUUGUGUA